AUGCUUCCAGAGCAGCAUCCUAUUUUCAAGAGCCAGCCAUUUGAAGCUGGCUGUUCAAAGCGGUUUGUUUGCCAUUCUGCCAAGCAGGAUCGAAAAACAGUGGUUGUGGAGAAAAACAGUAUAAAAUGGUGUUUUCCUGAGCACUCUGAGUACCACUACGCGAAUUUCAGUGCAAUUGUAAACUACCACACAGCCAUUCUGAACGAUCUUGGUACGCUUCUGUGCCUUCAUAACGAUCAGGAAUUGCAAAUUUUAUCACUGGAAGGCAUCUCAUCUGGAGAUUCAUUGAAAGAAUACAAGUUUUCGGUACCAACAGGCAUCAAACAAGUGCUGUGGCACCCCAAUGGUCGCCUCGCUUCGUGUAUCGUCGUUCUCUCGCGUAACGAUGAAAUUUGCAUGUACGAACUCCUCAGCGAUGACAUCUCAGUGCCCACUGGCAUUUGGAACUCCACUUCAACCAGCCAAAAGCCUGGGAUAGAUGCUACUGUGAGAGAUAUCGUAUCGAUGUCAUUCAGCAACGAUGGUAUGACUCUUUACGUGAUCAACACAAGUGAAGGUGCAGACGUGUAUUCGAUCUAUCCUUUUUUACCCUCCGAAAUCGAGGUAACCGAGGAGCAAGUCGAUCAUAGUUUCCACAAAGCACUGCUCCAGUAUAAUGGUCUUACAGAGGGUGAUUCUUCUCAACUCAAACGUUUUGUCACUAAACAGCUACGAUUCGCAUCUCAAGUUCGCAGUCUCGCCCAAGACCAAUCCAAUAAUUUAGAAAAAGCCACAAAACUGCUACUGCCCAUAUCAAACGCCUUCCGAAUGUCCGUACUACAAGGUCCGCACACAAUCAAUCCCUUUCCAGAACGUCUCUACGAUGCAACUGCAGUACAAUUAAAUACACUAAAUUUGACUGACGGGACCAGCGAAAUUCUUCUGAUAUCCUUCGACGAUGGAACCAUCCUUCAAUGUUUCAGGGAUUCGGAACCUGUCAUGGCUUGGGAAUGUAGCAAUGAAGCUUUGAACAAUUCGCUGAUCACACUUAGCGCCUCGAGAAUACCAGGUCUGAUAUCGACAGUAUCUAGGACUGAGUUCGUUGUUUUAUCACCCGAGAAAGCUACCUUAGUCGACGUUUCAAAUCUCACGAAGGCAAUUAACCAGUCCUUGCUUGAUUGUGAUAUUGCAGUAUUACUGGGUGCCGAUCUAAGCGAACAAAUACACGAACAAAAGGGUUCAUUCGAUAGUUCCAGUUUAUGGUCAACAGAGCAAGAUUAUGUUCUUCUAUCGAGUAAUGCCACAAGUCACUUUGUUAUUCCAUUUACUAAGAGAAAGCCUCUUCUUCAAGAGGCAGGAAACACUGCCGCCUUGGUUCAACGACGCCCAUACGAACAGCCAAUUACUGAAUUGUUAGCUCUGAACAAAAGAUUGCAAACACUUUUGAAAAGUCCUUUGUCGACAGCUAUAAAUUCCGAGCUCCGACACAGGAAACUUGAUGAUGCAUCUAAUGAGGAGCAGCUUUCCGUUUUGACCGGCAUAUCCAAAGAGUUGCUGAAUCGAGUCAUGGUAGCUCAGACGUUAGCGCUGAUGCUUCAUACCCGUCUGACAGGACAACAGCGUGAGCUUACAAGUCAUCUCGAAAAGGUGUGUGACGUUGUUUCGAGAAAGAAAGCGAUUGAUGAGAAGCUUACCCCCCAGCAAGAGCGAUGGAAGAAGGUACAAAAUACAAAUCAAAGCAUUAAAGAAAGAUUCACUACACUACAAGAUAAGCUGAAGACAAUUUCGCUGUCCGAUGAAUUGACAUCCAAAUCUAUUUCACGUACCGAAAUGGAAUGGUUCUUGGAGGUGAAAAAUCAGGUCUCAAAAUUCAAUCGGUUGGUCUGCUCUCAGCGUGAUUUGAACGAGACGCUAUCGCUUUUGAAGUUGAGAUCGGGGUAUGUUGAUGUCGACAAUACCACAACAGCAGAAGCGAUGGACACUGCAUCUUGGGAAGCGCUACGCGAACAACUCGCCAAAGAUGCCAGAAUAAUUGCGGAGUGCCAAUCACAGCUUGAAAACGUCUCGAAAGAACUCGAAUAG